UGAAAUCCCAGCACACACUAUCGAUUGCGUACAAGCCUGCUAGCUUGCACAAAGAAAACGGGUACCUAUCUUUUCCCUCUCCCUCGCUCUCGCUCUAUAUAGACCGUACGUCGUCCGACGUCCCCCUCCAUCAUCAUCCACUAAGCUAGCUCGCACACAGUACGUACAGUCGUCGUCGCAGAGAGCAUCGUACACCGCCUCCGUCGUCGCGCAGCAGCGAGCGAGCAAUGGGCAACGUGGAGGCGACGACGACGUCGUCCAUCGUGGCACCGGAGCUUCUGCUUGGCGACGCGCUGCUCAAGGUGGCCGUGUUCGCGGUGGUGCAGGCGCUGGUCUACCUGAUCCUGCGCAAGUCGUCCGGCGUGUUCGCCCCGGCGGCGGGGAUGACGGCCAGGUCGUUCAGCUUCCGCCCGAUGCGGAGCAUGAGCGUCCGCCGCGUGCUGGCCGCCUUCUCCGACGUCCCCGUCGGCGUCCCGGAGUCGGAGGACCGCGCGCCGUCGCCUUCGCCGAUGGAUCCCGGUGCUGAACCUGCUAGCGAGUAGCGAGUGAGUACGUGUGAGUUAAUCGUCGGGUUGAUGGGCGGAUUUGGUCUCGGGCCAGCUGGGCCGUGGCCCGGGUGCAACCAAAAAUCCUUUUGUAUAUAGGUCUUCUUUUAACCAAAAAAUAUAGCCUAAAAUAUAUUUCAGGCUAAAAAUGUUGUCCGAAAGACCUUC